CUCAACUAAAGAAAAGACUACUUUUAAACUGUUUCUGUGCAGGUCCAGAAGUUGAUGGCUGUGAGAAAAACACAGUUGGACUGUGUCUUUGAGGAGUCAGGAAGUGAUUCCUCUGGGUCUGAAUUAUGCAGCCACACCGGAUUGGACCCAGAUUACAAGCUACCUCUGAAUGCAUCAUCAUCCAGUGAUGAUGAAGAUUUGAAAAGCCCAGGCAAAGCUAAGAAAUUGUCCCGUAAAGAAGAGUUCAAAGGUACAGACACAAGUUCAAGUGAAGAUGGAGAUCCGCAAGUAGGCAAAAUCACCAUUGGGAAAAAAAAGAACACAAAAACGUAUGCGAAAAUACAAAAUAAAGAACAAAAGAGGACCAAAAAAGAUAAAGUGACUGUAACCGGGACUGUAAAAACUUGUACAAAAAGAGAAGACAACAAACGUGCACCAUCAAAAUUUCAGCUUGUUGUCAGUGCAGUAAACCGGCUUACCGAGUUUAGUCCAUGCAAAAAGGAGUAUGGGAAACUUUCAACAGCUGUUAAAAUUGGAUUCUGUCUUAAAGGAGCUGCAGAGGUACAGAUUGGCCAGGCUCUUAUGCAUGAUGAUGAUCAGGCAGAGAAGAAGGCAAAAAAGUUCUUGGAACCUUUGGAACGAAACUGGAGAAACAAUGUUUCUGUCAGUGCUCACCAAACUAUCCAAGAAAAGAGAUGGAAUAAAAGAGGACAUCCCCUCACCAAAAAUGUGAUUGUGCUGAGGGAUCAUCUCAGGAUGGUAGAAGACAAAGCAAGAGGGGAAUUGAGGCAACAGCUGAGUUUAACAGCAUACAAGACACUAAAUGAGACCGUACUAGCACAGGUCAUCGCCUUCAACAAGCGACGUGAAGGGGAAGCAUCACGCUUGACACUUGAAGCCUACAAGAAAGGAAGCACAAAUCCCAUAAACGAGGCCAUUUAUGUAACCCUGUCACCACUGGAGAAAGAGCUGAGCAAGCGUUUAACUCUCAUAGAAGUCACGGGAAAAAGGGGAGAAAGACCCGGUGUGAUGACCUUUUACAUACGAGGGUGUGACUGUCUGCAAAAAUAUGCAGAGAAAAGCGGAGCAGAAAACCCUGAUCUCCUGAGGUCAACUAAAUUAAGAAAACAGGUUGCCACACUCUGCCAACUGCUGGAUCUGAGCGCCUCCACCUUCAAGGGAAAGAACCUUGAUACAAUUGAUCCUUCUGUCUGUGGUAAAUGUCCCACGUCGACUUCUGAGAGUGUCCCACAGAGAGAAAGGAAACAAGUUAACGAGGUGGAUGAAGAUGGAGGUUCUGACUUCUUCUCCCCCAAAAGGAGACUGGAGCCCCUCAGUAAAGAUGGGAGUUCAGGUGUAGAUGAUCAGAGUCCAGGAAAAAGCCUGGUGCUGAGGCCCUCACAGAAGAAGAAAAGAUGUAAAAAGUCCAAGACAGUGGAAGCAAUGGAUGGAGAUUCUGACCUCUUCUCCCCAAAAGGAGACUGGAGCCCCUCAGUGAGGAUGGGAGUACAGGUGUAG